AACCCUGCGUCUGGGUUCAGUCUCAGUCUGGAAACUGAGAUCCCAUAUCAAGUCUGUGUGCUGUGGCCUCUUCCCAAAAAAAGAAUCAUCAGGAAUUGAUUUCUCCUACUUCCUCCCCUUAGGAGGGAAAGAGUACGAAGUCAGCAAAGCCAUGUUAACAGGAAGAAGAAAAAAUACUAGAAAUUAUGAGCAGUAAUCAUCACUCAAAAAUUAAAUGAUUAAAAUAAUGCAGCAUUUUUACAAAAGAUUUCCAUGCUAUAUUACUUCAGUACUCAGUUAAAGGAGUGAGGAUCAGGAGUUACUGAUCAUAUUUAAGUCCCUUCUAAAUGCUACUACGUUUUCUUCACUAAAGACCCGGCUGAUUCCUUUGGAAACAUGUGACCCACAGCUUCCUUCACACAUAGAAGAUUUAGUCAUCACCAUUUACGGAAGGUGACUCACAGAGCCAGGAGAGGACAGUAGAGUCCUUACACAUGUAGAUACUGCUUGACAGAACCCCAGGCACCUCCACCUUAAGAGGACCUGCGAAGUCAGUGUGGCACAACGCUUCCUUCCUCCAGUGUAGCGGGCAGAUCAGGCAGGUCCAGGUGGCAAUCAGCCCAGGGACUCCGCAAGAGCUUCUGUGUCCUGGUUCAUCUUACCAAAGGACGCCGUCUUCUUUUAUUGUUCAAGAAAGAAGCAUCCCUGUCACACACAGGGAAAAAAAAUGCUCUUUUGGUUGUUAGCCCUACUGAUCCUUUGUGGUUUUCUAUGGAAUUAUAAAAGACAGCUAAAGAUUGCAGACAUCACUGAUAAAUAUAUUUUCAUCACUGGGUGUGACACUGGCUUUGGAAACUUGGCAGCCAGAACUUUCGAUAAAAAAGGAUUUCAUGUAAUUGCUGCCUGUCUGACUGAAUCAGGAUCAACAGCUUUAAAGGCGGAAACCUCAGAGAGGCUUCAUACUGUGCUUCUGGAUGUAACUGACCCAGAAAACGUCAAGAGGACUGCCCAGUGGGUGAAAAACCAAGUUGGGGAGAAAGGUCUCUGGGGUCUGAUCAACAACGCUGGCAUCCUCGGCGUGCUGGCGCCCACUGACUGGCUGACGGUGGAAGACUACAGAGAACCUAUUGAAGUGAAUCUGUUUGGACUCAUCAAUGUGACAUUAAAUAUGCUUCCCUUGGUCAAAAAAGCUCGGGGAAGGGUUAUCAAUGUCUCCAGCAUUGGGGGUCGGCUUGCAUUCGGUGGAGGGGGCUAUGCUCCAUCCAAAUAUGCAGUAGAAGGCUUCAAUGACAGCUUAAGGCGGGACAUGAAAGCGUUUGGUGUACACGUCGCAUGCAUCGAACCAGGAUUGUUCAAAACAGGUUUGGCAGACCCAGUAAAGACGGCUGAAAAAAAACUCGCCAUUUGGAAUCAUCUGUCUCCAGACAUCAGACAACAAUAUGGAGAAGGUUACAUUGAAAAAUGUCUAAGCAAACUGAAGGGCUCUAAAUCCUUUAUGAAUGUGGACUUGUCCCUGGUGGUGGAGUGCAUGGACCACGCUCUCACAAGUCUCUUCCCUAAAACCCGUUAUGCUGCUGGAAAAGAUGCCAAAACUUUCUGGAUACCUCUGUCUCACAUGCCAGCAGUUUUGCAAGACUUUUUACUGUUGAAACAGAAAGUAGAGCUGGCUAAUCCCAGGGCAGUGUGACUCAGCUGACCACAAACGCCUGCCCCAGGCUGUGGGGUUGGCUGAUUUCAAAGACACAACUCCUUCUCCAUCUCAUUCUUUACCUAAUCCAACCUGGAUGCAUUUAGACCAUGCUUCUUUUGCUAAAAGAAGGGAUCCCCCCAUCACUAGUGAUAUCCCAAGGUCCCUUCUCAAGCUUUGUUUUGAAAAGAUGGGCAGGGAUGGCACUCGCCCAGUAUUUAGGCUUUGCCGCUUGGUGUGAUGUGAAGGAAAUGGGGAGGCUUUCCCAUCCAAAACCAGGAGUGCCCUAGUGGCACAGCAGCAGGUAAGGUAUCCGGCAUUGUCACUGCUAUGGCUCAGGUCGCUGCUGUGGUAUGGGUUUAGUCUGGACCCAGGAACUCCUGCAUGCCAUGGGCGCUGCCAAAAAAUAAAAACAAAAAUAAAAAUGAACAAAAAAUAUCUCCACCACUGCCUGCCCCAGGCUUCUAGUUUCCCACCACAAGAGCAACUCCUAAAUGUUAAGUAUUUGUCCCUUAUUAAAAUAUUAAGAGAUAAGUAGAAUACUUUAAUAAGUGCAUUAGAUUGUUAUCUUUCUGAGAAUAAGACUCCGAAGGAUUGGAAUUCAGUUCUGUAAGCUUUGAUGGGAGCAGGAGAAGGAAGGGUCAUGAUGCUUUAUGGGACUGAUAUAUGCUAAGGGGCAGCAGAAAACUUCUAGUUAAGACUGCAAGUUGGAGGGAAGGAAAAGGAGAAAAGGAAGAGGACCGAAAAAAAAAG